GACCUUGCCUGUCCCGCUCUUCCAGUCGCCGGGGGUGGCGGGCCGACCCGGGGGCGGCCGGUGCAGACGACCGCCAUUCCCGUGUCGCUCCGCCCGCGGGGGCCGCCCGAGCCGGCCACCAUGCCGCUGGGCCUGAAGCCCACCUGCAGCGUGUGCAAGACCACGUCGUCCUCCAUGUGGAAGAAGAGCCCACAGGGCGACAUCCUCUGUCACCACUGCACGGGCCGGGGCGGCGGGGGCGGCGGCGCAGGGGUGGCGGGCGGGGCCGGGGUCGCCGGCGGCUUCGGCGCGGCCACCUUCGCCAGCACCUCGGCCGGCCCUCCGCAGAGCAACGGGGGCGGGGGGUGGCAAGCAGGUGAGCUCAGUAAGCAAGAAAUUCACAGAAGGUCUGCUCGGCUCAGAAAUACCAAAUACAAAUCUGCUCCAGCUGCUGAAAAGAAAGUUUCUACUAAAGGAAAAGGGAGAAGGCAUAUUUUUAAAUUAAAAAACCCUAUCAAAGCUCCUGAAUCUGUUUCUACCAUAAUUACUGCAGAAUCAAUCUUCUACAAGGGAGUGUAUUACCAAAUUGGUGAUGUUGUUUCCGUGAUUGAUGAGCAAGAUGGAAAGCCGUACUAUGCUCAGAUCAGGGGUUUUAUUCAGGACCAGUACUGUGAGAAGAGCGCAGCACUGACCUGGCUCAUUCCUACCCUUGCCAGCCCCAGAGACCAGUUUGAUCCUGCAUCCUAUAUCAUAGGGCCAGAGGAAGAUCUUCCGAGGAAGAUGGAAUACCUGGAAUUUGUCUGCCAUGCACCUUCUGAGUAUUUCAAGUCAAGGUCGUCACCAUUUCCUACAGUUCCCACCAGACCAGAGAAAGGCUACAUCUGGACUCAUGUUGGACCUACUCCUGCAAUAACUAUUAAAGAAACAGUUGCCAACCACUUAUAGUUACAAAGCCAAACCUGAGGCCUGUUUAGUUAGCAUGUAUGAAGCUUUGGUUUUAAUCCCUAGAACAUACACACACACCCCAAAAUAAAACCAGAUUUCCAUUUUUCUUAUAUUUUAUUAUAAUGAGAUAUGCCACACAGUUUUCUCUUUAAAAGUUUUUUCUUUAAGUUUUUGAGACAGGGUCUCACUGGGUAGCCCAGGCUGGCCUGAUCUUGAGAUGAGAUCCCCUGCCUCUUCCUUGAGUGCUGGAAUUACAGAUGUAUUACACCAUGGCUAGUUAAUGCCAGAUACUUCUUUCAUGAAGCUCCCACAUGGAAACAUGACUUGAGAAAGUUUUUAUUCCACCACCCCUAAUUAUUAGCUUGUUUAAUGCCCUUUGCUUAAAAAAAAUCACAGGGUGAGAAAAGAAUAAAUUUGAAGUUUAAUAUUAAAUUCCAUGUAUAUUUUCCCAGGCAAAAGUGGCAGAUUCCAGGGAAACCAUUAGGAACAUGUAGUAUCUAUUUUUCUUCAUAAUUUAUUUCUAGCAACUCAAAACGAAUUGUAUUUUUAUAUAAGUACAACACAUUGACUUUUAGGUUUUUGAUUUUUUUUCCCCCCUCAAGACAGGAUUUCUCUGUGUAGCCUGUCUAUCCUGGAACUCACUAUAGUCCAGGCUGGUCUCGAACUCAGAGAUCACCUGCUACUGCCUCCCGAGUGCUGGGACUAAUGGUGUGCACCACUGUACCUGGCUUACAAUGUAGAUUUCUGAUCAAGGACUAAAUCAAAAUGUGACCAGUAGGUUUCACAAAGCCACACAAUCUUUUUUUCCUUACUUAGAACCAGGCCUUGGCUGCCUUAGUCCUACAGAAAGCAAUUGGUAGGUGAUUUUAUUAGCCCUGGUUCUUUCAAACUUUCAUCUCAUGCUGUAGGCAUUCAGCUGCUCUCAGUCAAACUGCCUUUUGCUGUUAGCAUCCGCUGCUCCUGUGAGGCAGUUCUUCAGCUUUUGAUCUACAGUCUAGACAUCCCCUCUUUCCACUCAGGCAGCAGCCUCUGUAACAGUUUCCUGGCUAUUAGUAGGAUAGUGACUGGCUAUCUUGGAAAUGACUGAUAGGUCAUUAGUUUUGAUAGUCAAAAGACUCAAAGUUAAAAUAUUUGCUGAGGACUCGUGGUGUGCUUUGCCUGGAAAAGCCUGUUCUAGUUUCAAAUACAGUUUGGUCACAUAAUGAGGGAGGAGUGGGCAGGCACCCACUUGCUGCCUCUGUCCUGAUCUAUUCAGACAGAAGUUUUUAACCACAGGAAUUUAUGAGAAUUUUACUUGAUCUUAAUGAUUUUCAUCAGAACUCUUUUACUCUUUUUUAUAGUCCCAAAAUUGGGAAGAAGCAUUUUCCUGUUUAAGAAGCUAUAAUAAAGUUCAUUGUAAAUAUUGUUGGAAAUGACUUUCUAAUGCUAAUAUUCCACUUUGGGAUUAAAAUAUAUUUUUACAAUGAGUUUAUAUUGGAUUUGUUUAUUAUUUUCAUUUGAACUAUUUAAAUAGGAAAUAGGACGCCUCCCCCCAAAUGGUAUUAAAUAGAAACAUCAUUCUUGUGGUACUCCAAAUUCAAAAUAGGUAAGAUUCAUCAUCCAUAAAUAACAGAAUUUAGGAAAAUCAAAGAUUGACUUAUUGAUAAAAUGAACAUUUGACAUUUAUUUAAGUGAAGGCAUUUAAAAAUACAAAUUAUUAGGCUGGGCAGUGGUGGCACAAACUUUAAUCCCAGCACUAGGGAGGCAGAGACAGGGAGGCGAAUAUCUGAGUUCAAGGCCAGUCUAGUCUACAGCGUGAGUUCCAGGACAGAGAAACCCUAUCUCAAAACAAAAAAAUCCAAAUUAUUAGACUGAGCAGGUAUAUGCAUUUAAUCUCAGCAUUUAAGUGGCAAAUGCAAGAGGAUCUCUGUCAGUUCAAGGCCAACCUGGUCUACAUAGCAAGUUCCAGACCUAGGCAGUACUAUACAGAGACUCUAAAAAAAUAAAUGAUAUCCAAGACCA